AUGCAGUGGAGGAUGACAAGACAAACAACUUCACUAGAAGAGGAAACAUGCAUUACAGCUAAAGAUAUGCUCAGGAAAACUUCAAGCCUACCACAUAUACACACCUCUGCCCAGGAAGAACACCUUCCUCCAACUGCACCACUGGAUCUACAAGGCAAUGCUAAGGAAGUGGAUGUCCAGAAAACUGGUGGAGUAAGAGAAAUUACUAAUCCUCCUAGUAUCAUUGAUAUAAAAUCAAGUUUGCUUCAGCAGAUCAGGGAUAAGUCAGAGCAGCUGAAGCUUAACAAUGGACAUGAAAGGUCAAAAAAAGCAGUAGGCGGUGACAUUAAAAGCUUGGAUGAAAGGGAGGACUUGCUUCAGCAAAUCAGGAGCAAGACCUUCAAUUUAAGACGAACAAAUGCAUCUAAGACAGAUGGCUCAUCACAAUCUACAGCCAAUUCCAACGUUGUAGCAAUUUUGGAGAAAGCAAAUGCUAUCCGGCAGGCUGUGGCCAGUGAUGAGGGUGGCGAUGAUGAUACUUGGAGUGAUAUAUGA